UUAAGAGAAUACAAAAGAGAGAGAGAGAGAGAGAGAGAGAGAGGAAGAGGGAGGGAGACAGACUUGUUUCUAUUGCUCUUUCCAACCCCAAUGUCUUUGAUUCCCUUUGCAUUAAGCUUUGGCCUGAAUUUUCCGAGUUUUUCAGAGCAAGAAAACCCCAUUGGGAAGAUUUGUUUUUUUUUUCUCUUUGGUUUAUAAAGUCUCGAAAAACUUUCAGGAAUUUUUGUUAUCUGUUCUGAUUUCGGUGAUUUCCGCUGCGUUUCAGACAGGAAACUUGUUUGUUUGUUUUUUUCCGGGGAAAGAACUGUGUGUUCUCUCUUGAAUGAGAUCGAGAAAAAAACCUACAAGAAAACGUCAGCCAUGAAGUUUAUGAAACUCGGAUCUCGACCUGACACCUUCCACACUUCAGAUUCUGUAAGGUGUGUUUCGUCAGAAGUUUCCAGUGACAUCGUAAUCAAAGUGUCCGGAAGCAAAUACUUUCUUCACAAGUUUCCACUCCUUUCAAAGUGUCUGAGGCUACAGAGAAUAUUCUCGGAAUCUCAAGAUUCCGCGAUCGAGCUCCCCGAUUUCCCGGGUGGAGUCGAAACCUUCGAGCUGUGCGCGAAAUUCUGCUACGGAAUCACGAUCACGAUAAGCGCUUACAACGUCGUGGCAGCGAGAUGUGCUGCGGAGUAUCUGGAGAUGACGGAGGAUGUCGAGAAAGGUAACUUGGGCUACAAGUUACAAGUUUUCUUCAGCUCUUGCAUCAUCAAUGGCUGGAGAGACUCGAUCCUCACGCUCCAGACAACAAAGGCUUUCCCUUCAUGGUCUGAAGAUCUCGCCAUCACGGGCAAGUGCAUCGAGGCUAUAGCCUCUAAGGUGGUGUCUCGCCCGUCGAAAGCUGCUCUCUCUCAUGCCCAUUCUCGAAACCCGUCCUGCAAUGGUGGAGCUGAGAGGCAUAGCCAUAGCGGAAGGCAGAGUAAACCUGUGAGUAUAGGCUGGUGGGCUGAAGAUAUCGCGGAACUAGGGAUCGAUCUUUACUGGAGGACGAUGAUCGCCAUUAAAUCCGGCGGGAAGGUUCCUGCAGUUCUUAUAGGCGAUGCUUUGAGAGUUUACGCUUCGAAAUGGCUUCCGAGUAUACCGAUGAACCGGAAAUUCGUCUGUAAGAAAGUGGAUUCGGAUUCGGAAUCUGCAGACGAGGGUUGUACUUUCUCUAAGCGUAGGUUGUUGUUGGAAUCUAUCAUAAGCUUGCUUCCUGCAGAGAAAGGCGCGGUCUCUUGCGGCUUCUUGCUUAAGUUAUUGAAAGCGUCGAACAUUUUGAAUGCUUCUUCAUCUUCGAAGAUGGAAUUGGCGAAAAGGGUCGCUCUCCAGUUAGAUGAAGCGACGGUUAGCGAUCUGUUAAUACCACUGGCUUCUUACAAAUCCAAUCUGUUGUACGAUUCAGACAUUGUCGCAACCAUUUUGGAGCAGUUUAUGUUGCAAGGACAGAGUCCCCCGACAAGCCCCCGUAGGGUGAAACCGAGGAGAAGACGGUCUCGUUCCACCGAGAACUUUGAUCUCGAGUUCCAAGAGAGCAGGAGAUCUUCUUCGGCUUCUCACAGUUCCAAGCUUAAGGUCGCAAAGCUCGUGGAUGGAUACCUUCAACAGAUUGCAAUGGACGAGAAUCUUCCGCUUUCCAAGUUCAUUUUGCUCGCCGGGAGCGUUCCCGAGUUCUCGAGGCUCGAUCACGAUGAUCUAUACCGAGCCAUCGACAUCUAUCUCAAGGCUCAUCCAGAUCUGAACAAAGCCGAGAGGAAGAGGCUUUGCAGGAUCUUGGACUGCAAGAAACUGUCGAUGGAAGCGUGCAUGCACGCGGCACAGAACGAGAAGCUGCCACUGAGAGUAGUGGUUCAGGUCGUAUUCUACGAGCAGGCACGCGCCGCCAUGACCGGCGGCAAGACCACUGAGCCGCUACCGAGCCACGUCACAGCACUACUCGCGGAAGCUCCUCCGUACAGUACGGCAACGAGCAUCGGACCACCAGACGAUCAGUGGAGCGUGUCGGCCUUGAAAGCUUCAGGGACAUUGAGAAGCAAACUGGAGGAGGAAGAUGAUGACGUGGACGAGAGCUUCGUGAGAGGAAGAACUCCGUCGCGGUUUAAGGCGUUUUGUGCGAUUCCUGGUCGGCCGAAGAAGAUGUUCAGCAAGUUGCUGUCCAUUAACAAGAUCUCCGUUGAAAAAACCGACAAGAACUGAUUUUUAUUUUUUGGGCGAGUUUUUUUUUUUUUUUUUUUUUUUUUUUUUUUUGUAUUCUGCGUAUGGGUUUUAUUAAUUUAGGUGUUUAAAUUUGCAUCUCACAAAGUGGAGAAAAGGGAAUUCACUGUUGUAACAUGAGCAAUGCUCAUGCAAUCUCUUGGAAAAAAAAAAUAAUAAAAAGAUUUACGAUCACAACGUU